AUGAAGAUAGCAUGUCUCCAAUUCUCAGCCGAACUGGGCCUAGUUGAGAAGAAUAUGCGCCGAGCAGACGAGAUCCUUUCGCACACAAAUAUUCCAUCGAACCUGGACUGGCUCAUCUUGCCUGAAUGCGCGUUCACAGGCUACAACUUCCCCUCCCUCGACCAUAUCCGUCCCUACCUCGAACCCACCGCCGCAGGCCCAACCGCCCAAUGGGCCAUCCGCACCGCCCAGCGUCUCCACUGCCACGUAACAGUUGGCUACCCAGAGCGCUCCUCUGAACCAUUCUCUAGCCCUUCCCCUAGGCCCCACGAAUUCAGGAACUACAACGCCACCCUUACCGUCUCCCCUUCAGGUACCGUCCUCCUCAACUACCGCAAAACCUUCCUCUAUUACACCGACGAAACCUGGUCCCUCCCCGGCUCUGCCUUCUACUCCGGCUCCCUGGGCAACCUGGGCGGUGUCACGCACGGCAUCUGCAUGGACAUCAACCCGCACAAGUUCCUCGCGCCCUUCACAGCAUACGAGUUCUCGAAUGCCGCGCUAGCUGCGCGCUCCCCGCUGAUAUGCGUGAGUAUGGCGUGGAUCUCGGCGCUGGAGCCGGAUGAGCUAGAUGCGGAAGGGACAGCGAGGGAGCCGGAUUUCGCGACGCUGAGUUACUGGGUGCAGCGGUUUGUGCCGGUGGUGGAUCGGUGCAAGGAGUCGGGCGCGGCGGUGACAAUCGUGCUGGCGAAUCGGUGUGGGAGGGAGAGGGAGACGGGGUAUGCGGGGAGUAGUUGUGUGUUGAGGGUGGAUGGGGAGGGGGUGAAGAUGUAUGAGGCGUUGGGAAGGGCGGAGGAGAGGUGUUUAGUUGUGGAUACCAAUAUGCGGCCGAAGUUCCAGCUUGCGACGAAUAUCUAGACAGUUGAUGGCGCGAGCCAGGUGGUAAAGGCUGCAUCGGUUACUCUAAAGUCGUGUUCCUAAUAGCGGAGAAGAGGAGUUAGGCCACCAUGAGUUAUGAGACACGGGAGCUUCAUUGCUCUCAUCGAGCAGGCGCAUAAAGUAUGGCAUCCAAGUCAACACAUCAAAUAUCAAACUCCAGUGUACGGACAAGCAAGUGUAUGACGUUCACUGCCUAGCAUCCGGUAUCAUGUCUCUGUCCGCAGCCCAAGCGCCUCCGUUUCGAAUGACCGAAGUGAAAAUGCCAUCAUCGCCACAUCCCCUCGUCCUCAUUUUUUGCUCCUCGCAUCCGUAAGAAAUUGACUGGAUCGUCCGCCCGCUCGUCGUGAAACUUGCUCAUUCCCCUGUCAUUGACGAAAAGGUUGGUCAAGGGAUCGAUGUAUGAGGAACAGGUCGGAGGGGCGAGUCGUCUAUAUGCCGAUGCGGGUCUUGCGCCAAUGUCGUCGCUUGGCGUUGUAUC